AUGGAGAUAGGUUAUAUGGAAGUACCUAAUAUAAAAGAUAUCAUUAGUAAUAUAGAAAAAAGUGGAUUAGUAUUAUGUAUUUCUCUUAAUCAAAAAGAAUCAGAAUCUCUUAUUUCUCCAUCGUAUUAUUAUAUAUAUGUUCAUAGAUAUAUGUACUUAUCCAAUAUCAUACCUAAAUGUCUUGAAUUUUUUAAAUCUUUUAUAUUACCAUUUUAUGGUAAUAAAUUUGGUGUAUAUUUUGAGUGUAUUAAAAAAGAACAAAAAAAGUCAUUAAAUAAUAAUAAUAAUAAUAAUAUUACAUAUACAAGUACCAAUAAUUAUGAAGAAAAAAUUGUCCUAGAUUGGAGGUUACCAAUUGGUGUAUUGUUUGACAUAUAUUGUGAUUUAGAUAAAAGUGAAAAGGAAUAUAUAAGAACUCAUAAGAAAUUGAAUGACACUAAUAUUAAUAUGAAUAAUAAAAAAAAUAUAACUAUAUGUUCGAAUAAUGAAUUAUUUCUAAACCAUAUAAAUAUUGUAAAAUUAAAAGGUACAGAUAAAAAUUAUGAAAAAAAAUCAAAUGAAAGACAAAAUCAAAAAAAUAUUUAUGAUGUUAAUAGGAACAUAUCUACCAACACAAAUAAUAGUUCAAAUGUAAAUCAUCAACAAAAUUAUCAUAAGACGGAUGAUGAUACUUUACAUAAGGGUGACGAUAUUUUACAUACAGAUGAUUUUAUAAAUGAGAAAGAAACAAAAGAAAGUACUGACAAAAAAAAACAAAUUAAUCGAAAUAUAAAAAAUGAAGAAUGUGAAAGGGGAAAAGAAGCAAAAAAUAUUAUUGUGGAAAAUUAUUAUGAAGAGAAUUAUAUGAAAGAGAAAAAAGCAAUUGUGGAAAAUGGUAAAGGUCCUACAGAAAAUGAUGUAGAAGAAAAUAAGAAAGAUAUAAAUACACAUUAUGAUGAUAUAAAAUUAAAUAACCUUGAUAUUUAUGAUGAUACAACAAACUUUCAAUAUAUCCAAUUUAUCCAGAAUGAAAAAAUAAAUAACGAAUGGUAUAACAAACAAUUUGUAAAUAUAUCAAAUAAAAAUAUCCCAUGGAUGUUAAUAGUUCAUUUUAAAGGGGAAGAAGAAUAUCCACUUUCUAUUAUAAAUAAAAAAUAUGAUGAAAAAAAUACACAUUUUAAAGGAGAUAUUAAUAUCUUACCAUAUAAUAAUUAUAUUCCAUUAUAUAAAGGUUUUAAUAAUUUUGAAGAGUAUAUAAUAAACCAAUUAAAAAAAUCCAAUUAUAUAUUAAAUAAAAAUAAUAGAGCAUUAGAAAUAUUACCACAAAGAAUUCAAAAAGAUAUAUUAUAUAGCUUGAAACAUUUCCAUAUCCAAAAAAUAUGUUCAUUGUAUAGAGAAUAUAUUGAUUAUAACAUGCUAAAUUUUAUUAAUUAUUUUAAUAAUAGUUAUAUAAAAAAAGUGCAACAGGUAUGUGAUCUAAAUCGAUAUAAGGAUAAUUCAAUACAAACAAAUGGAAAAAGUAGCGGUAAACAAAAUGAGGAGAACUUAUGUAUUUUAAAAAUGGAUUUUCACGAGGAAGAGUCUCCGGUGAUAAUAACACACUGUAAAGAUAUACCUAAUAAUGAUAAUGAAAAUAAUAAUAAUAAUAAUAAUAAUAACGAAAAUAAUAAUAAUAAUGAACAUAAUUGUCAUCGUAAUAGUUAUGGUGUCCAUUUGAAUGAAAAUUUUAUAAAUGGCCAAUCACAAAAAAAUAAUAUAUUAAAUAUAAGAACAUCAUAUAAUAAUGAUCAUGUUAGUGAUACCCUACAAAAAGAUAUACAAAAUGAUUCCUCUUCUAUAAUAUUAGAAAACACAAAAGAACAGGGUGAUCACAAAGAUUUUAAUAAUAAUUUACAUAACAAUGAAAAGUAUCCAAAUGUAUAUGAUAUCUUAAAAGAUGAAAAAGUUCAUAAAGAUUGCCCUAUUAUAUUACAUAUUUAUGGACCUCCAUAUAAUCAAAUAUUAACAAAAUAUCCCUUUCUAAAACUAAUACAUUCAAAUAAUAAUAAUGAUAAUAAUAAUAAUAAUGAUAAUAAUAAUGAUAAUAAUAAUGAUAAUAAUAAUAAUAAUGAUAAUAAUAAUAAUAAUAAUAAUAAUAAUAAUAAUAAUAAUAAUAAUAAUAAUAAUAAUAAUAAUAAUAAUAAUAAUAAUAAUAAUAAUAAUAAUAAUAAUAAUAAUAAUAAUAAUAAUAAUAAUAAUGAUAAUAAUAAUAAUAAUAAUAAUAAUGAUAAUAAUAAUAAUAGUAAUAAGUAUGAUGGUUGUAAGAAAUAUAUACAAAAUGUUCAUCUUAACACGUUGGGAGAUUUUCUUCAUGAACAACUCCCAUCAUUUGUUCGCAAAAUAAUUAACAAAGAUGAAAAAAAUGAAACAUCCCAUAUUUUAAAUAAAAAUGAUAAAGAUAAAUAUUUAAAUUCAGAAACAAUAUAUUAUUUUAUUGAAGAUGAAUACUUAAUUUUUAGUCCAUAUAUGUUUAUUAUAGUUAAUGGAAUACAAAUUCCUUUGAAUACUCCUCUAUAUUGGCUAGCUGCCAACUUUUCUCAAUUCGAUCAUUUUCUCCACAUUACCAUACGUAUACCCCCCUAUUAA